AUGAACUCAUCACACCACGACAUGACUUUGUUCGCCAGCUGGGUGAAAUAUCAGCAUUAUGUCCAAACCAGCAACCCUAACGCACCACGUAUACUGUCCCCGCAGGAAAUCGCCCUCGCAGGCGAACUAGCCAACAAUUUUAAUUUUACAAAUGUUUUCCGUCAACGUCUCGAACUCGGACGCAGUUUUUACACUACGGUCAAACAAAACUUAAUGGCCAUUCUUCAAAUCUGGGAUGCUGUCAUUGACGAAAAAGCUGUGUUCGACAGCUCGGGUAUUUGCAACUCGGAUCCAGAUAUCCAAAAAGCGUUUAUUUUCUGCGCAGACACCAUUCCCAGUCGGAUAAAUAUUGGAUCUUUGGGACCACAGACGUUUAUAGUCCCGCAGCUUAAGACAUACCCCGCAAACUUGGAACCGUUCUACGCGCACAACGAUAUUUUCGCAAAUGCAACGGAGCUGCAAACUCAGGUUAUGCAGCCUAGCAAUGAGCUAUACGCAGAGGCCCUUACCUUGUCGGAGUCCGAAAACGCCAAAGUUGUCGGGUUUGAAAAUAACGAGAAGGAAGAAGAGUCCGACAGCGAGGAGGAGGAGGAUGAGGAGGACGAAGAUGAAUAUACAGAUGACGACGAAUACGAUAACGACGAUGACGGGAGCGAUGAUGAUUACGAAGAGAUAAACGAGAAAGUAGACAUGCCCCAGGCAAACUGCCAGUCCCAAAAUUCUCCCGAACGCUGGGGGGACUCUUUUUCGGAACUAGUCAAGCUGGACAUGGACUUUGCAAACAACACCCAGAAGCUCAACGGGGGAGUGGAACCAAUUCGGAAGAUCCCAACCCCUGCCGCCUCCAGGAAGUCGGUGAAACGUGGGUUUGCAGGUAUCGAGGGAGGUGAGGAUGGGACACAAAGCAAGAGGUCAAGGAAGGAAAGGAAAUAG